CUGUUUUCCUCCCCGGCCCCUGCAAACUCUCACUGUGACCCAGAGUGACGACAAUGGCGAUCGCGCAACUUCCAGAGUCCCCAGAAAUCCACAAGCUCCCUCUGCACAAGUACGUCGACGCCGUGCGGUGGCUCCCUUCCAUCUCCGCCUUGGGCCGCUACGCCGUCCUCGCGUCCUUCGACUCCGACUCCGACUCGCCAUCCAUCGAAAUCCACUCCAUAAGCCCCUCCAAAAACCUGGCACUCGCUUCCACAUACGCGCCACUAUCGUCUCGGAUUUCUUCGCUCAAAUCCACGCGCUUCGCCGACAGACCCAUCAUCGCCGCUUCGACUCACCUGGGAUCGUUCCACAUCAUGACCGUGAAUCCGAUGGACCUGUCGAUCGAGUCUGUGGCGGAGGAGGAGCUGCAUUUGGGGGGAGCCUCGUGCGUGGACUUGGUGGACGGUGGACUGGACUGCGUGAGUGUAGGGGAGGAUGGGAUGGUGAAUUUGGUGAGUCUCGGGGAAGCUCAGCUCAAGAAAGCUAGGGUUUUUGAUGCGAACGGGUUGGUUUCGUACACCGCUGCGAAGUGGGCUUCGCCGACCGAGUUCGCGACGGGCGGUUAUGGGUUUAGUCUUCACUGGUGGGAUCGGAGGAAGCCCGGGGGUCCGGUCUCGCAGUUCAAGUGUGACCGAGUGCAAGAGAAGGCUUCUGGGAUAGUGCAGUCAAUUGAUAUUCAUCCAUCUCGAAAGCACACUUGUCUGGCCAGUGGAUCAUCGGGAACCAUAUUUGCCUGGGACCUGCGGCGGCAACAAGAGCCAAUUAUCCUAUCUGGAGUCGGGAUGGGUGAGGGAGUGAGUAGUUCAGUGUCCGACAGUGAGAUUUGGGAGAUUCAAUACGAUCGCAGUAUAAGGCCUUCAAAUGCUGGCUCGCGAAUUUUACCUGUCAUGAUCUGCUCAGAAGAUGGGAUCCUAGCUGUUGUUGAAGAAGGCGAAGAACCAGUGGAGCUCCUGGCUGAACCCUGUGCCAUCAAUAGUUUUGACAUUGACCGGCAAAACCCCUCUGAGGUAAUCUGUAGUUUGGAGUGGGAAGCAAUAGCCAUCUUGUCAAGGCCAAGGUAAGCUGAAGAAACAAAUAGACACUAGUUUCAGCGUGGAAAUUCUAGUCUAUUGUCAGAUACUUCAAUUCACUAUUAAGGAAGGAGCUUACGCCCACUAGGCAACAUAACAGCAUCGCGAGCAACACCAGCUAGCAGAGCAAGCCGUGUUUUUCUUGUGUUUAGGGCUCUUGCAGAACUCAUAACAAAUCAAUUUUGACUUUUGAGAAGAGUAUGAGAUGUAUUCUUGUCAAAAUGUUCCAUAUAUGCUGAUCUGAUUCAGAUCAAGAAUUUUGAAGCAGUGCCUAGUUUUACUGUGGAUUCAGAGAUCCAUUGCUGUUAUGUCUUAGACAGCUACUGUCUUAAGGGACGCUGAAGAAUGAUUUUCUCACUGUGAACCUGCGAAAGCAUUUUGCUUCUAAAUUCAUAUGAACUGUGAAGCAAUUCCAAGAU